AUGCGCGUCUCUCUGCUGCGGUGCUUUUGUGAGUACAUGCCCAAAGGGGUACCGACUCAGAUGAACCUUGCUGUCGAGACACCGUCCGGUGUUACACGCGCCUUUCGCAUGACGGAGAUGGCGGCCGCGGCGGCGGAUGCAGAGCGAGACGCGAAGGGUUUCUUCUACCUCCCCCGCAUUGACUACGAUGUUGGCCAGGGGGUCGCGCCGCUCAUGUCGAGAAAGCAAUUCGAUGUUCAGUAUCACGUAUUUCACAAGGCAGCGGUGGAUCGUCUGAACGCACACACCUUGGGAUCUGAACUGGAGGGGCACAACCUGAACGUUGUCAUCCGCAACUCCUCCUUUGAUGCAUCGCGCGCCGUCAUCCACGCUGCAGCGUCGGAGCACUUCAACUACUGCUUCUGGUAUCGUUCUCUGCGUCCGUGGGGCACGGCGGUGCCGGCGCGGCUCAAGGAGGAGCUGCAGCUGCAGUACAGUCAAAAUGGGACCGCAGGCGCUGUCGAGGAGGUGCAACGACUGUUCACAGUUGCCGCGCUUUCUCAGCAGUCCGCCGGUGGAUGGGUAUAUCUCGUCUGGACCGGUAAGACGUUUGACGUGAUCCCUUUCGACCACGGCACCUGCCCCAUCGGCAGCGACUUGAUUCCACUCCUAGCGCUGAACACGCACGAGUCGGCACGCUGCUACGACUACCCACUUGCGGCGGAGGACGAGGAGGGGGACGAGGUGGAGCGCUUUGUUCGAAACUUCUUCAAGACGUGCAACUGGAGACUGGUGGAGCACUACUUCCUUCAGUGCAGUCGGGCCUAG